AUGCAAAAUUCGAAAGACAUAAAUAAAAGUCAUUACCAAGGAAGUAAAAAUGAAAAUGAGAUUGUUUUACAUUCAAAUUGUAAAGAUCCUAAAUUUGAGUUAUGUAAAACGGUCUUGAAAAAUAUUUUAUCUCCCACAAAUCAACCGGAUGAAGCGAUAUUUAAAGUCUUAAAAGCUUUACAAAAAUGUAAAGUACUAAUUGAGAAAUCCAAAAUUACGAGUAUACAACAAAUAACCGUCAAUUUUAUCAAAUUUAGUGAAGACUUGUCUUCUGAACUUUAUGAAGUUUCUUUAUUCAAUAGUGAUAUUAUUCAGUGUUUUAAAGUUAUUUUAAAUGAUACAGCUAAGGCCAGCGAUUUGGUUGAUGUGCUAGAAACUUCUCUUAAUGAUUCUAAUAAAAGGAUUAGUUGUAUUGAAGGUCUUGAAAAUUACCUAGAUAAUAUAAAUAAUGAGAUAAAGCAAGGUUUUUGGGAAAGCCAUAAAUGUCUAAUUGAUAAUUUGGUUAAAUUGCUAUAUGAUCAUAUAAAAAAAUCAACUUGUACAUUAGAAAUUCCAAAGGUUGAUUACGAAGAGAUAAUAAGCUUAUGGGCAAAAGUGAUAAACAAGUGUAAGACUGAUUAUCUUGGAGCAAAGGAUGCAAUUGUAAAAGGUUCAUUUCAUACAGCCAUCGAUAUAUCAUAUGGUACUGGUGUUGGUCCCAGUAAUAUUGAUUCAACUCCCGCUAAUACCAAUUAUAAAGGCAAUAAUAAGCACAAUAAGAAGUUGAUUUUGG